CUAGAAACAAGGAAGGAAGGAGGGAGAUCGAGAAAGUAAAUGGCGGCUUCUUCUUCUUCUUCAGCAGCAGCUGCAAUAAUAAAGAGAUGCCGUACAAUUGCAGCAGCAUUUCCUAAAACCCACUCUCCAAUUCUACCCUCUUCUUCUUCUUUCUCUUACCUUACAUCAACAACAACAACAGCAGCAGCAGGAGGAGGACAGAAGAAAUUGUUGAGUUCCGAAAACAUGAAUUUUGUACCUGGUAUGGUAAUGGUAGCCGGGGGGUUUUUCGGGUUUGGCCUAGUAGCCUAUGCAGAAGAUCCUCCUCCUGCUGAGCAGGGUGGGGGUGGGGGUGGGGCUGAGGCUGAGCCUAAACCACCACUACCCCCCACCGGUUGUAGUAGUUGAUAUGGAGGCAAUUGCCAAAAAGGAAAGACUUCGACUGGAACACCUCCUUAAAACCCAAGGAUUGCAUUAUGGUUCUUAUCCUCCCUUUACUGUUGCUGUCAAGGGCCAAAAGGUUACAAUCAAGUUCCAGAUUCCCCCUACCUGUGAAAUUGCACUUUUGAUCUCAAACAUUGUUGCAAAUCUUGGGGUCAAACUUGACGACCGGGCAACAGGUUCAGAUAUGACCCUGCGUGCUUGGGAUAGUGGUGUUGCAUGGCAGUUAACACUCAACCGUCCACCCUUAGCCCUCCAGGAUAAGGCCAAGUCUGAUGCAAAUCCAAAUGAUGGAGAUCUUUGCAUCCUGCUCUUCCGUUCACUCAUUAGUUCCGAUAAACCAGAAAUGGAGUUCAUGAAGCAAGGGAGCUUUACCGAUGAGGAGCUGGAUGCUUUAGUAUCCGUGUUAAAAAUGGCAGGAGUGGGACAGAGUAGGAUCUCUGGUAAGAGAGAAGAUACUGCACGUACACCAUCGAUGGAUAAGUCAGUGACCAGUCUAGAAGGUAUGGGCGUAAAGAUCUAUGGUCUCAAUGAGCCCAAAAUUGAGUACUCAAAGUCUGAGAUAUCAUGGGAAAACAUUGCUGGAUAUAAUCAGCAGAAAAGAGAUAUAGAAGAUACAAUACUGCUGGCGCUGCAGAGUCCCGAGGUUUAUGACGAGAUUGCUCGUGGAACACGGUGCAAAUUUGAGACAAAUAGACCCCGUGCUGUACUAUUUGAAGGCCCACCAGGUACUGGGAAGACAUCGUGUGCUCGUGUUAUAGCUAAUCAAGCGGGUGCCCCGUUGUUAUAUGUACCAUUGGAGGUGAUCAUGUCAAAAUAUUUUGGCGAAAGUGAAAGGUUGUUGGGGAAAGUGUUUACACUUGCCAAUGAAAUUCCCAAUGGUGCAAUCAUAUUCCUCGAUGAGGUUGAUUCAUUCGCUACUUCUCGUGAUAGUGAAACUCAUGAAGCUACUCGUAGAAUCUUGUCUGUCAUAUUACGACAGAUUGAUGGGUUUGAGCAGGACAAAAAAGUAGUAGUCAUAGCUGCAACCAAUAGGAAACAGGACCUUGAUCCAGCUUUGUUAAGCCGAUUUGACUCAAUGAUUACUUUCGGUCUACCUGAUCAACAAACUCGCCAGGAGAUAGCGGGUCAAUAUGCAAAACAUUUAGCCAAGGCGGAGUUAACUGAACUGGCUGUAGCAACUGAAGAAAUGUCUGGACGGGAUAUUAGAGACGUGUGUCAACAAGCAGAAAGACGUUGGGCAUCAAAGGUUAUAAGAGGCCAAGCACGUAAAAAUGAGGAUGGCCCUUCUCUUCCACCACUUGAAGAGUACAUCGAGAGUGCUUCAGAACGACAUAAAGCUCUAGUUGCCUCUGCAACCCAGAAACUUGAUGACAACUCUCGCCCGAAGAAGCCUCAGUAUGACUUUCUCUAAAGGUCAUUUUAUGAAUAAUAACGUUAUAUGUAAAUAUGGAACAUUAUGAAGUUGGAUUAUCUAUGCCUUGAUAUGAAGCUAUUAUUAGUAUGCGUAAGGAGUUAUUUAUUAUUAUUUUUAUUUAUAAAUUAUAUUUUUUUGUA